GUAAGUGGAAACACUGACAUGACAAAAUUGUUAAUAAUUUUUUCAUUCUUUUUUUUCCACGGGCGUUCGUCGAACUAAGUGGUUAAAGUUGUGAGAAGAAAAUGUCUGAUCGUGGAAGAGGUCGGUCACGUGGACGUGCAGGGAGAGGGGAAGGUACUGGACCUCCACCUAGACGUCCUGGGGAGCAACUAGGGGCUUCUCAGCAGCAGCAAGCAGCCCCUUUGGGACCACGGCCCCAGCCUCCGUCAGCAUGGGGUCCGCCCUCCAGUGCUCCGCCUGUAAGGGCCACCAUUCCGACUCCUGCAGCUGGACGAGCCUCGCACAGAACGACUGCCGUCUCAAGUCAUCCGGGAGAUGUAGAAGCUGUUCAGGAACAUAUAAGAACAAUGGCUAUUGCUCCAUCGCCAGCUGCAGGUGACCCUGGAGCGGUCACUGGACGCGGUGCCCGGCGCGGUGGGGGUAGAGUCCUGCCGGAACAAACUAUGAUUAUACGAACAAGACCUGCCACUGUUACUUCAAAAAAAGGUUCGUUUGGAAAACCGCUCGACUUAAGCGCCAACUACUUUACAGUAAAAACCACGCCUCAGUGGUCUCUUUACCAGUACCAUGUGGAUAUUUCACCAGAGGAGGAUCGUACGUUCAUUCGCAAAGCUCUGAUGCGUGUGCAUCAAAAGACCUUUGGCGGAUAUCUAUUUGAUGGCACUGUGCUGUACACAGUCAAAAAGCUGCAUCCAGAUCCACUAGAGCUAUACUCUGACCGCAAAAACGAUGGAGAACGAAUGCGGAUACUCAUAAAGCUCACAUGUCAAGUGAGUCCUGGUGAUUACCAUUACCUUCAAGUAUUCAACAUUCUGAUCAGAAAAUGUUUCAGCCUGCUUAACUUGAGCCUAAUGGGCAGGGACUUUUUUGACUCCAAUGCAAAGAUUGAUAUUCCGGAGUAUAAACUGCAAAUAUGGCCUGGAUACAAGGCCACCAUCAAUCAGUAUGAAGACAGAUUGCUUAUGGUGACUGAAAUUGCCCAUAAAGUAUUACGUUUGGAUACGGUCCUUCAGAUGUUGCGAGAGUACAGCAACUCAAAAGGCGGAGAUUAUAAGCGCAUAUUUACCGAAGACAUCGCAUCCAAAAUUGUGAUGACUGACUAUAAUAAAAAGACUUACAGAAUCGACGACAUUUCUUGGAAGGACAGCCCACUAUCAACAUUUCAAAUGCGCGGAGAAACUGUAACCUAUAUGGAUUACUAUAAAAAGAAAUAUAACAUUAACAUCACGGACACUAAGCAGCCUUUGCUGAUUUCGCGAUCCAAACCUCGAGACAUCCGGGCUGGUAUGCCAGAGCUUGUAUACCUUGUGCCGGAGCUCUGUCGUCAAACUGGUCUGUCAGACAAUAUGCGUGCUGACUUCCAACUAAUGCGCAGUUUGGAUGUCCACACUAAGAUCGGGCCCAGCAUCCGCAUACAGAAGCUGUUGAAUUUUAAUCGACGCCUUACGCAGACAAAGGAAGUCGUUGAAGAACUAGCUAGUUGGUCGAUGACACUGGACAGUGAAUUGGUACGAAUCAAAGGACGCCAAUUACCUGCAGAGAAUAUAAUUCAGGGUGGUAACAGUAAAUACCCCGCAGGGGAUACUAAUGAAGGCUGGACCCGAGAUAUGAGGUCCAAGAAUUUAUACACCCUCGCGCAAUUACCCUCAUGGGUCGUGAUAACGCCAGAGCGUCAACGCAGAGACGCAGAGAGCUUUGUUGAUUUGAUAAUGAAAACUGGCAAUGGUGUUGGCUUCAGAAUGCCAAGACCAGAAAUUGUUACAAUACAACGAGAUGGUUCGAUAGAUUACGCAAACAUGUGCGAAAAUGUCAUCGCGAGGAAGAAUCCAGCAAUGUUGCUGGUUACCCUGCUAAGGAAUAACCCAGACAAGUAUGGUGCCAUUAAGAAAAAAUGCACAGUAGACCGCGCAGUGCCUACUCAAGUUGUGUGCGGUCGAAAUAUGACUAGCAAGUCUGCUAUGUCGAUCGCAACAAAAGUAGCGAUCCAGAUUAAUUGCAAGCUCGGUGGUUCACCGUGGACGGUUGAAAUCCCGCUGCCCACGCUGAUGGUGGUGGGCUACGACGUAUGUCACGACACACGCAGCAAGGAGAAGAGCUUCGGUGCCUUCGUGGCCACGCUGGAUCGGCAGAUGACACAAUACUAUAGUAGCGUUAACGCACACACCUCGGGUGAAGAACUCAGCGCCCACAUGGGCUUCAACAUUGCGUGCGCCGUCAAGAAGUACCGUGAGAGGAACGGCGUAUUACCCGGCCGCAUUUUCAUUUAUCGAGAUGGAGUUGGUGAUGGACAAAUUCCAUAUGUGCUCAGUCAUGAGGUGGCUGAGAUUAAAGAGAAGUUGACUGAACAAUAUGGCGGUGUAGAGGUCAAGAUGGCGUUCAUUAUCGUGUCGAAGCGCAUCAACACGCGCGUAUUCAUCGACACCGGCCGCUCCGGCGAGAACCCGCGCCCCGGAACCGUCAUCGAUGACGUCAUCACCUUGCCAGAAAGAUACGACUUCUACCUAGUGUCGCAAAAUGUUCGCGAUGGGACAAUUGCGCCCACUUCAUACAAUGUCAUAUAUGAUACAUCCGGCUUGGAUCCUGAUAGGAUCCAGCGCCUGACAUACAAGCUGACGCACAUGUACUUCAACUGCUCGACGCAGGUGCGCGUGCCGUCCGUGUGUCAGUACGCGCACAAGCUUGCCUUCCUCGCCGCCAACAGCCUGCACGUGGCGCCGCACUACUCGCUCAGCGAGACGCUGUACUUCCUGUAAACAGCUCUGCGUUCACGAGACCACGUUCACACAGUAUUUGCACAGCACGUUUUCGGUAUACGCAUUCGGUAAGAUUUAUUCUGAAAUCUUACUGAAUGCUCAGUGGCGCAUAUAUUGAGGCUGAGAUCUAUAGAGCGUAGAUUAAAACAACAUUUUUCCCCUGUUUUUACGUGUUAUACAGUUUUAAAUGUGUAAACGGUUUUACUCUCAGUUUAUGCGGCCACUACGUAUUCGACAAGAUUUAACCUGCAAACAAAAACGUGCGGUGUAAAUGCCGCGUGAGUAGUCUGAUAGUUGGUGAGAUAUUACCUCAGUCAUUUUUGCGCCAUACACGCCGAAGAAGUUUUUAACAUUUAUCUAUUUUUGUUAGCCCUGUGGUUGUUUAGGUCUAAAGCACAUCUACAGAGUGCCAGGGGUAGUUUUUUUUAUUUAUAACAACUUUAACAAAAUAAAACUCCUAGGAGGCUCAAAAAGCUCUUCGCACGCAACUGUCACCACUGGUGCUAUGCUCAAGCAAAUAAAACUUCUGUUAUCAAAAAUUCGGCUUCCGCUCUAUUUCGUUGGUGUGCGUUACUCUUAUACAAACAUUAAUGUUGAUCACGACAUAAAAAUGACUGGAGUUAAAUGUUAAGACUUAUAUUUUUGUAAGCUUAGUAUGGACGUAAAAAUGUCGUUGAAAAGAAAUGCUUUAAUCCAGUAUUAAGAAGUUGUUUAAACUCGUGCACAAAAUCUGUGCUGCAAGUCGUGACAUUCAUAGUUGUAAGCUUCUCGACACUGGUUUUUAGGUUAUAAACAAUAGAGCCACCUUUAGAAGUAUAGUUUUUUUUAAGCGCGUUUCGAGUGCAUUUAUUUUUUCUUAGAAUUAUUAUUGUUUAUAAACUUAUGCAUUCGCAUUUCUAUUAAUAUUAGUCAACCCUCUUUUGCAUAAGUUCCUAUGGAAUUUAUAACUAAAUUAUAAUUUUGGUUAUUUUCCCCGAAUCACAGUGAAUGUUACUAACAAGAAACUCAUUUAACUCAUCAUUGGGCAUCCAACAAGAGAUUCCUCUUAUAAUUCAACUUAUAGCCCAUGAUGAAUGAUAAUGUUAAUUAUUUCCUUAGUGGAAAGAUGUCUCAAGACUAGAUCUGUUGAUUAAUAUUCGAUGUUCCUGUGUUAAAAUAUUAAAGACUCAAUGUGGCUAAUUCUGUGGUAUAGUCUCCUAAACUAAACCAAAGACAAGUCCGAAUCUAGUGCUAUCCUUUUCUGCAGGAAGCACUAUGAAAGGGAUAGCAAUAAACCUUUCAUUUUUAUUUAGUUUUGAGAUUGUGUACACCAGAAUUAACCACUAAUUCAAGCUGAUGGUCCAGCUUCAUGGCAUUAUGAUGCAUUUUUCUAGUGGUUAAGAUAAUCUUAAAAUGACUUUGUGAUAAUUCUUUAUGUGAUCUAUAUUUUAAUAGAUCAUAAAAUGUUGUAUUUUGUGUCGAUUUUUUAAAAUCGACAAGUCGUGUCAUAUUAUUAAGUAUAAGUAACAGCGGGCAUAACCUAAAUAAUAAUGUAUUUGUGUGUUUUUGAAGGUCAUUUCACUGUCUUAUUUUUCAUGAGAAUUUACGAUCAUGAAUAAUCUUAAUCUAUUAAUAACUUAAUACUUCCCUAUUGAUCAACUUAUAACUUAAAUAAAAUAAAUAAAAUUUCGUCAAAUGGAUAGUUUUUUUGCUAAAUACUUAGCAGUUUGCUAACACUGAUUAAUGACUCGACUCAAUCCAAACCGAAUUUAAGCUUUUCCGAGCCAUAUUGUAGUUGCGAAAUUUAUAUUCUGUUUUAUACAUAUCUAAAUACCUCUAAAAAAAAAAUACGGAAAUGUUUCGAUUUUUCUUAUGAGAAGUGUAAUUUAGUGAUUGACACAAAAGCACACAAAUCUUAAAACUCCUUUUGCCAUGAUAGGUACUUGUAACAAGUGAAAAUAUUGGCUUAUAAAUGGCCAGAAGUUCGUGUUGGUUGAUCGGUAGAUUUUUGAGUAAAAUUCAGUGGGUUUCAUUCAAUUGACAUGAAAAUCAUCUUUGUAAUUAUUGUAAUAGUUGGUAUUGUGCGACAAUAUCAUUGGGGGGGGGGGGGGGGGGCGUCUUUAGUAUCGAUGUAAAGGUCGAGUCGCAGUCUAUGUAUCCUAUACGUUAAGUACCUAUAAAAUGUGCCCGCAAAAUAUAUGUAAGUUUGGGACUAACUGAACAAACUGAAAACUACUGACCAAUUCCUCUUUGUCGAGGAUGUAUAUGAGGGACCUCGUGCACUAGGCGGCCACGUACAUGGCCAGUAGCAUCCAGGUAAAUAAAGAUGGCCAGUCGUUACAGGGAAGCGCGAGAUGCGUAGUGGUAAUACUUUACCUGGCCGCUGCGGCCAUCCGUGGUCGUGCCCGCGUAAUGGACAACGUUCCUGAACUACACAUUACAUACUUAGGUCAGUUUUUUUUGGCUUGUUGACAGAACCCCGUACUCAAUGUUGAUUUUUAUAAAAGUAGGUACCUACGGUUACUUAAGAAAUUACUUUUGUUACUUUGUAUUCAAUAAAAAUAUUUUUUCUUUA